UUGUACAUGAUGAAUUGUGAACUUCUAGCCACAUGUAGUGCCCUUGGGUACUUAGAGGGAGAUACUUACCACAAAGAACCAGAUUGCUUAGAGAGUGUAAAGGAUUUGAUCCGCUACUUGAGGCAUGAGGAUGACACUCGCGAUGUGCGGCAACAGUUGGGGGCAGCCCAGAUCCUGCAGAGUGACCUUCUACCCAUCCUUACCCAACACGGCCAGGACAAGCCUCUCUUCGAUGCUGUUAUCAGGAUCGAUGAUGACGCCAGUGUCCAUGACCAGCUUCUCUGGGCAAUUCACCUCAGUGGCCUGGAUGACCUGCUUCUCUUUCUGGCCAGCUCACCUUCUGAGCAACAGUGGAGCCUGCAUGUGCUAGAGAUUGUAUCCCUUAUGUUUCGUGACCAGAACCCUGAACAGCUGGCGGGAGUAGGACAGGGGCGCUUAGCUAAGGAGCGGAGCACAGAUGUGGCAGAACUGGAGGUGUUGCGCCAGAGGGAAAUGGCAGAAAAGAAGACUCGAGCCCUUCAGCGAAGCAACAGACAUUCUCGAUUUGGGGGCUCCUACAUUGUCCAGGGGUUGAAAUCCAUUGGGGAGAGGGACCUCAUCUUUCAUAAAGGUCUCCACAAUCUCCAAAACUACAGUUCAGAUUUGGGAAAGCAGCCCCGAAGGGUGCCUAAACGUCGGCAGGCUGCCCAGGAGCUGUCCGUUCAGCGCCGCUCCGCCCUCAAUGUGAGACUCUUCCUCAGAGACUUCUGCUCUGAGUUCCUGGAGAACUGUUAUAACCGGCUCAUGGGCUCAGUGAAGGAUCACCUGCUGCGAGAGAAGGCUCAGCAGCAUGAUGAGACCUACUACAUGUGGGCCUUGGCUUUCUUCAUGGCCUUCAACCGAGCUGCCUCCUUCCGGCCAGGCCUGGUUUCUGAGACCCUCAGUGUCCGUACCUUCCACUUCAUUGAGCAGAACCUCACCAACUACUAUGAAAUGAUGCUGACGGACCGCAAGGAAGCUGCCUCCUGGGCACGUCGGAUGCACCUGGCCCUGAAGGCCUAUCAGGAGCUGCUGGCCACAGUGAAUGAGAUGGACAUGUCCCCAGAUGAGGCUGUGAGGGAGAGCAGCCGCAUCAUCAAGAACAACAUUUUCUAUGUGAUGGAGUACCGAGAGCUGUUCCUGGCACUCUUUCGAAAGUUUGAUGAGAGAUGUCAGCCACGCUCUUUCCUUCGUGACCUGGUAGAAACCACUCACCUCUUCCUCAAGAUGUUGGAGCGGUUCUGUCGGAGCCGUGGGAACCUGGUGGUGCAGAACAAACGAAAGAAAAGAAAGAAGAAAAAGAAGGUCCAAGAUCAGCCUGUUGCUUCUGGUAAUGUCUCCUAUAGCACAGGGGAACUAGAAGCUAUGUGGCCAUCCCUGGCCGAGCAGCUACAGUGCUAUGCCCAGGAUCCUGAGCUCAGUUUGGACUCCAUGGUUCCCUUUGAUGCGGCCUCAGAGGUGCCAGUGGAAGAGCAGCGGGCAGAAGCCAUGGUGCGGAUCCAAGACUGUCUCCUGACUGGCCAGGCCCCACAGGCCCUAACCCUCCUUAGGUCUGCCCGGGAGGUGUGGCCAGAGGGAGAUGUGUUUGGCUCUCAAGACAUUUCUGCAGAGGAAGAGAUCCAAUUGCUGAAACAGAUUCUCUGUGCCCCGCUUCCCCGGCAGCAGGGGCCAGAGGAACAAGGGGCAGAGGAAGAAGAGGAAGAGGAGGAGGAGGAGGAGGAGGAAGAGUUGCAAGCGGUCCAGGUGUCAGAAAAAGAAUUUAAUUUUCUGGACUACCUGAAACGUUUUGCAAGCUCAACUGUUGUGCGAGCCUACGUGCUGCUGCUGCGGAGCUACCGACAGAACAGUGCCCACACUAACCACUGCAUUGUCAAGAUGCUGCACCGGCUGGCCCAUGACCUCAAAAUGGAAGCCCUCCUUUUCCAGCUCUCCCUCUUCUGCCUCUUCAACCGUCUGCUUAGUGACCCAGCUGCUGGGGCCUAUAAAGAGCUAGUGACUUUUGCCAAGUACAUCCUGGGCAAGUUCUUUGCGUUGGCUGCAGUCAACCAAAAAGCCUUUGUGGAGCUGCUGUUCUGGAAGAACACAGCUGUGGUUCGAGAGAUGGCCGAGGGCUAUGGCUCUCUGGAUGGCGGAUCUUCCAGUCGCAGACCCCCGGUGUGGAGCCCAGAGGAGGAGGCCCAGCUUCAGGAACUGUACCUCACCCAUAAGGAUGUGGAAGGUCAGGAUGUGGUAGACACCAUCUUGGUGCACCUGAAAACCCCUCGGACACGCAAGCAAGUUAUCCACCAUCUGGUACGGCUGGGACUGGCUGACAGUGUCAGGGGCUUCCAAAGGAAAGGAACCCAUAUUGUACUGUGGACAGAAGAUCAGGAGCUGGAGCUGCAGCGGCUUUUUGAGGAGUUCCAGGACUCAGAUGAUGUGCUAGGUCAUAUCAUGAAGAAUAUCACAGCCAAACGCUCACGGGCCCGAAUAGUGGAUAAGCUGCUGGCUCUGGGGCUGGUGGCUGAGCGGCGGGAGCUAUAUAAGAAACGCCGGAAGAAGCUGGCACCCUCGAGCUCGCCUAAUGGAGAGGAGUCCCUGAAAGAUUUUUGCCAGGAAGAUCUGGAAGAAGAGGAAAUCCUGCCAGAGGAAGAGAGUGAAGAAGAUGAAGAGAAAGAGGAGGACUCAGAAGCAGAGCAAGCCCAGGGUAGCUCAGUGCUUUCAACUGAAAACCUUGGGCAAAGCCUGUAUCAGGAAGGCUUUUCUGCUCCCCUCCUGUGGCUCCAGAACUGCCUGAUUCGAGUAGCAGAUGAUCGAGAAGAGGAUGGCUGCUCGCAGGCAGUGCCUUUGGUGCCGUUGACAGAAGAAAAUGAGGAAGCAAUGGAAAAUGAACAGUUUCAACGGCUGUUGCGCAAGCUAGGAGUUCGGCCUCCUUCCUCUGGGCAGGAAACCUUCUGGAGGAUUCCAGCCAAGCUGAGUCCUUCCCAGCUCCGGAGGAUAGCAGCUUCUUUGAGUCAGCCAGAGGAGGAGCAAAAACUUCGGCUAGGACUAGAACCGAAAGUCCCUGGAGAGCAAAACCCUGAGGAGGAGCACCAAAAGGAACAGCGAGCACAAGCCCUGAGGGCCCUCCAGUUGGCCCGGAAAAAGAAAGCUGGCCCGGUGUCCCCCAGCGGGGAAGGGACCACUGGUGAGAAAGAACAGCUGCAAAUGGUACCCAGGAAGCGACAACUGCUGGACAGCGAUGAAGAACAGGAGGAGGAUGAGGGCAAGAACAAAGCACUAGAGUCCAGAGCUCCAGGAAUCCAAAAGAAGAAACGGUUUCAAAUUGAGGAUGAAGAUGAGAAUGACUGA